AUGGCGCGAGGCAGUGCAGCGGCUGAAGAGGCCUCAGACUUCGAGAAGCAGCGACUCGCCAACAUCGCUGAGCGAGAUGCACUUCUCAGGAAGCUCACCUCCGAGGCACAGGCGCAAGGUCAAUUCCUGCCUCCAGCAGCACUCAAUGGCACUCAGAAGAAACGACCGGCAAAGCCAAAAGGACCACCGGCGAAAAGAAUCAAGAAAGAGGAUAUCCAGCCUCGCAGAGUCAGCUCGCGCCUGAAAGGCAUCGAAGCGGACAGCGAGGUUGCUCGGCAGAAAGAAGAGAAAGAGUAUGAGGAGCGGAAAGUCGAAGAGCAGAAGAGGCGUGAACGAAAGGUCGACGAUGUGUGGUUCGACGGCAGCCUGCUGAUUGGUACGGAUACCUUGCUCGAGGGGGUCGCAAAACCCGGCGAGCGCACCUUUGAUAGCGAUGAUGUCAAGGAGACCACAGACAAGGAUGUGAAAGCCCUCAGGGAGAAGAUGAGUGGGUUGAAGCUCUGGGGCGAAUGGGAUCCUGGCAGGAUCAAGCUUGUGCCGGAAAGAAUAUACAGCAUGUCGUUCAAUCCAACAGCAGACAAGCCUGUGGUUUUCGCUGGCGACAAGCUGGGUAACCUGGGAAUCAUUGACGCAAGUCAGAGCAACGGCGAUGUGAAGAAGGAAGACGACGAGGACGAGGACGAUGACGACCCAGAUCCAGUCAUCAGCCAGAUAAAGCCGCAUACGAGGACAAUCUCAGCCAUGCACACACAUCCGAGCAAGCCCGGGACGUUGUUCACUGCCAGUUACGACAGCUCAAUACGUGGCUUGGAUCUUCAGAAGGGUGUUGCAGUCGAGAUAUAUGGACCUGAAGCGAAGGACGAGGACGAUCCGAUCUCGGGUAUCGACAUGGCCAUCGCAGAUCCGAACGUGGUGUAUUUCACGACUUUGAACGGCGGCUUUGGGCAGUACGACACUCGAACUAAGGCUAACGACGCGACGACAUAUCAGCUCUCCGAGAAGAAGAUCGGCGGCUUUUCGUUGCAUCCACUUGCACCUCACUACUUGGCCACAGCGUCAUUGGACCGCACAAUGAAACUCUGGGAUUUGAGGAAGAUCACGAAGAAGCUACCGACGUUAGUUGGGGAACACGAGAGCAGGCUGAGUGUAUCUCAUGCAGCAUUCAAUUCAGCCGGACAGGUCGCAACAAGCAGCUAUGACGAUACUCUGAAGAUAUACUCAUUUGGUCUUGGCCAGCACACGAAGAAGGGCACUGAUGCCCUUGAGAGCAUGAAGACUUGGAAAGCAGGUCACCAGCUGGACGAGGAUGUAAUGAAGCCGGAGGUAGUGGUACGACACAACAAUCAGACCGGUCGAUGGGUGACCAUCCUGCGACCACAGUGGCAGCGGCGGCCUCAAGAUGGACAUCAGAAGUUUGUUAUUGGAAACAUGAAUCGAUUUGUCGAUGUGUAUGCGGCUGAUGGGACGCAACUUGCUCAGCUAGGCGACGACUUGGGCGAGAAUCGUAUCAGUGCUGUGCCGGCAGUCAGCGUACUACAUGAGACGCAGGACUGGGUUGCCGCCGGGACAGCUAGUGGGAAAUUGUGCCUUUGGAUGUAG